AUGAAUUGCAUGUCCGAUUUCUUCACCUAUGAGACCACCAAGUCCGUGGUGGUCAAGAGCUGGACUAUUGGCAUCAUCAACCGGGCUGUGCAGCUGCUCAUCAUCUCCUACUUUGUGGGGUGGGUUUUCCUGCACGAGAAGGCGUACCAGGUGAGGGACACAGCCAUCGAGUCCUCCGUGGUGACCAAGGUGAAAGGCUUUGGGCGCUAUGCCAACAGGGUCAUGGACGUGUCCGAUUAUGUGACCCCACCCCAGGGCACCUCUGUUUUUGUCAUCAUCACCAAGAUGAUCGUCACGGAAAACCAGAUGCAAGGUGUCUGCCCAGAGAGUGAGGAGAAAUUUCGCUGUGAGUCCGAUAGCCAGUGUGGGCCUGAUCGCUUCCCAGGUGGCGGGAUCCUGACGGGCCGCUGUGUGGCCUACAGCUCAGCGUUGCGAACAUGUGAAAUCAGGGGCUGGUGCCCCACGGAAGUUGACACUGUACACAUGCCGGUCAUGAUGGAAGCCGAGAACUUCACCAUCUUCAUCAAGAACAGCAUCCGCUUUCCUCUCUUCAAUUUUGAGAAGGGAAACCUUCUUCCCAACCUCACAACUGAUGACUUGAAGAAAUGCCGCUUCCACCCAGAAAAGGCCCCCUACUGCCCCAUCCUGCGGGUGGGCGACGUGGUCAAGUUUGCAGGGCAGAAUUUCACCAAGCUGGCCAGCACGGGCGGCGUUCUGGGCAUCAAGAUCGGCUGGGUGUGCGACUUGGAUAAGGCGUGGGAGCAGUGCAUCCCCAGAUACUCCUUCACGAGGCUGGACGGUGUGUCCCAGAAGAGCAGUGUGUCCCCCGGCUAUAACUUCAGGUUUGCCAAGUACUACAAGAUGGAGAACGGCAGCGAAUAUCGCACCCUCCUCAAGGCCUUCGGCAUCCGCUUCGACGUGCUGGUCUAUGGCAAUGCUGGCAAGUUCAACAUUAUCCCCACUAUCAUCAGCUCUGUGGCAGCCUUUACCUCUGUGGGAGUGGGCACUGUACUCUGUGACAUCAUCCUGCUCAACUUCCUCAAGGGCGCUGACCAGUACAAAGCCAAGAAGUUUGAGGAGGUCAACGAGACCACCCUGAAGGUCGCUGCCUCAACCAACCCCGUGUAUCCCAGCGACCAGGCCACCGAGGAGAAGCAGUCCACAGAUUCGGGGGCCUACUCCAUUGGCCACUAG